UUACAUUUUUUACUUAACAGGGAAAGAAGAGUAUCGUGAUGAAGAUGUACAAGAUGAAUCUUUCCAGUACGGGGAGGACAUAGAGAAGCAAGAUUGUGGAGCUGUGGACCAUGGUAAUGAAUCAUCCCAAAUGAACGUUGAUGACAAAGAAUCUGCACUCGCAAAACCAGCGGAACAAGUGAUAUCAAUUGAUGAGCCCAAGUCUGUGAUGUGUGGAAAUGUAUCGCUACGACAGUAUCAGGCUGAACUCGCAGAGUCUGCUCUCAAGGGAGAGAACUCCAUCAUCGUUGCCCCUACAGACAGUGGCAAGACGUUUGUGGCUUUGGCAAUCUGUGACGAGCACCUGAAGCAGCGCUCCGGAAAAGGCCCGAAGGUGAUCUUUCUGGCACCGACACUGCCUGUGUUCCAACAACAAUACGAACGCUUCCGCAAGCACUAUCAGGACGAGAGCAACAUGGUGUCCGUGGGCCGCGUGGCUGGAGGAGCCGAAGCCCCCGAGCCCCUAGAUCUGCAGCUGAUGAACAAUGACGUUCUGAUCAUGACACCGCAGACACUGCUCAAUGGGCUCGAGAAAACAAAGGUUUGCGCCAUCACGGAUUUCAGCCUCAUCAUCUUCGACGAGUGCCACCACACCUGUAAGAACCACCCCUACAACGUAAUCAUGCAGCAUUACCUCAGGGUCAAGCAUGGACCCAGUGCUCAACCACUGCCACAGAUCGUGGGCCUUACAGCCUCUGUCGGAGUUGGAGAAAAUAAGAGCUUGAAAGGGGCAAUUGAUCAUAUCUUAAUGCUGUGCGCCAACAUGGAUGCUUGUGUCAUAUCCACUGUUCGGAGGAAUCUCAAAGAGCUCGCUCAGUUUGUGCCCAUAGCACAGCACAAUAUCCUACAGGUUGGGAGACGUCGUGCCGACCCAUUUGCAGACAUCAUCAAAGAUAUUAUGGCCAAAGUGGAGGACCUCUUAUUUUCCCUGAACUUACCAGAUUCGGGGCCCGAGCUGAAGAAAGGAAACGAAUGCGGCACACAGCAGUAUGAGCAGUGGGUGAUACAAGUGCAGAGGGAGGGGAGCAAGAUCUCCAUUGCGGACGACAAGGAGCUGGAGCAGAAAUUGUGCUGGUCCAUCUUCUCGUGCACAAGCCACCUGCGGAAGUACAAUGACGCUUUGUUUAUUAAUGAGGAUACAAGAGCUAAGGAUGCAAUGAACUAUCUUCAGAAAUUCUUUGCAUCGAUGGAUUCUAAAGGUUUCAUUGACAUAGAUGAAACACUCGUCAACUUUUUUAAAGAAAAGCUUUGCGAUCUGGAGUCAUGUCUGAACAAUCCUGAAAAUGAAAAUCCGAAGCUCCUCAAACUGGAGGAAAUACUGCGGAGCGAAUACCGGAUCAAUGCUGCAACCAAAUCCAUCCUCUUUGUGAAAACACGUGCCAUCUCCGAGGCAAUGGAGAGUUGGAUCAAUGAAAUUCAAACAGAGUUGCCUCAUCUCAAGCCCUCCAAGCUCAUAGGACGGGCUAAAAGCAAACAACAUGAAGGAAUGACUCUAAAUCAGCAGUCGGGGGCUGUGCACGAAUUCCGAGAGGAGCAGGGAAGCAAUCUGCUCAUCGCAACGAGCGUGGCGGACGAGGGCCUUGACAUCCAGCGCUGCAACCUGGUGCUGCUGUACGACUACGUGGGCAAUGUCAUCAAGAGCGUGCAAACUCGCGGACGAGGCCGCGCAGAAAACAGCAAGUGUAUGCUGAUCACCACCUUGAAGGGUGGCCUGGCAGAAAAAGAGAAGGUGAACCUUCUGAUGGAGAAGGUCAUGUACACCGCUAUCGAGAAUGUACAGAAGCUUGACUAUGGCACCAGGGCUGAAAAGAUGGAAAGCUUGCAAAAGGCCACCCUGAGUUCUGCCGAAUUUCAGCGCAUGCUGCAGGGAUUUAAAAAGCCAGAGGGAGACAUCUACUUGCUGAAAUGCAUCAAGUGCAAAGAACUAGUCUGCAAAUCAAGCGACAUCCGCUUAGUUGAGAAUACACACUACACUGUGAUUUCUUCUGCCUUCAUGGAGAUGGUAGUCCAAAACCCCCACAAAAAACCUGUGUGUUUUGAUGGAAUCAGCAAGAUUGGAAAAAUCCAGCAUAAGAAAUGCACGAAAGAUUGGGGGAUAAUGGCCAUCUACAAGGGCUUGCAGUUUCCCUUCAUCAAGAUCCAGAGCUUCAUUUUCAAGAAGGAGAAUAGCGACGUUCAGCUCGUCCUCAACAAGUGGAGAGAUUUUCCAGGAAUAAUUUCAGUGCUCUCUGUUGAGGAAAUUGGACAGAUCGGGGAAAAUGUCCUUUUGGCUGAGUAACUUGCCAUCGGAUGCUUAUUUUAUUGCUGCACUAAUAUGGAUUGGCAAAUGUUCAAAUGUGCUUCUUUAUACCCUUACAGCGACUUUAUGGUGUACCGCAAGAGGUAUAAUAUAUUGUUUGGAUUUUUGUGUGAGCUUAAAGAUGUUAAAAAUAGGGUUUUAAUUAUUGCAUGACAUACAAAUUUGAGGGUUUUAAUACUUAAACGUAAGUUAUAUACAUAUGUAAUAAAAGGACUCGGACACUUCCUUCU